AUGAGUACGUUUCAGAGCAGCCUCGAGGCUAGGAUCGCCGAAGGUCCCAAAGGCAUCUUGUCUGCCGUGGUAGUGGGAUUCGGUCGAGAUGGAAAAGAUGUGGUGAUGCGCUACGAGAAGAGCGCGGGUCGACAGAGCUGGAGUGCGGAUACACCAGCGUCUCUGGACAGUACCUUCUGGGCGUUCUCUUGCACAAAGCUCCUCACCACCAUUGCCGCUCUGCAGUGUGUCGAGCGAGGCUUGGUGACGCUGGACACCGAAGUGGCGACCAUCCUGCCGGAGCUCAAGGACCCUCAGGUCAUCGUCCCGGACGGAGACUCGUUCACGCUCAAUCCCGCAGCGGCCAAAAUCACGCUGGGACACCUGCUCUCACACACCAGUGGGCUGAACUACGACGCCAUGAAUCCGUUGACGACCGCGUGGAGAAAGUCCCGAGGCGAGGCGCCCCUCGUCUUCAGUGGCCGCGUCAAGGACUCGUACUCGACGCCGCUGCUCUUCGAGCCCGGCGAGGGCUGGGUCUAUGGAGGCUCCAUCGACUGGGCCGGUAUCCUGGUCGAGAGACUCAACGGCAACGUCAAGCUCGGCGAGUACGUGGAGACGAACAUCUUCAAGCCGCUGGGGAUGAAUUCUUCCACCUUCGACAUCAAGAGCCGGCCGGACAUCCAGGACAAGUUGCUGGAGAUGAGCUACCGGGGCAGCGACGGGCUCCUCGUCCCCUCCACGUCGCCCUAUACCGGCUCCUCCGCCGAGCAUAGCGGAGGGAUGGGCCUCGUGACGAGCGUGGCGGACUUUGCUGCUGUGCUGAUGGAUCUGAUCAGGGAGACGCCGAUCCUCCUCAAGAGCGAGACUGUCGAGCAGAUGUUCAAGCCUCAGUUUCUCGUUGGGAGUGCCCAGCACAAGGGACUCCUUGCUCAAGAUUCCCUACACAAACAACUCACGGGCAUCGACAGUGGCGACGCUUCCGCUCCCAUCAGCUUCGGCCUGGGCGGCUUGAUCACGUUGGAAAAAGUGCCCAACCUCCCCAAAGGCACGCUAACGUGGAACGGCAUGCCCAAUAUCGGGUGGUACGUCAACCGUGGUCUGGGCCAGGGAGGCUUGUUCGUCACCCAGAUCUUGCCGGCGGGAGACGAAAUCAGUGUGCAGUUACUAGGCCAGUUGGAGAGAGAUGCGUGGAAGGCCUACUACGCGCACCAUGGCGGCGAGUAG